UCCCCUCUUCUGCAGGGAAGGCCUGGGGUGCCUGCUUCCAGGCGGCGCUCAUACCCUGUCUCUGAUCUCAAGCCGACUGGUUAGACCUUUGUCCCUGACAAAAGUCCACCACGUGUUUGAGAGUCACUGUUGGGAUCUCAUUGGUGGACCUGAUGUCCUGACAUACUUGCUGGACUGUGAGUUUCGGGUAGAACUGAAGUCAACCUUGGGAGCUUCUAGUUUUGCUAAUCUGUUAUGAUGAUUUCUUUUUUUAAGAAAUUUAUUAUGAAAAUUUUUGACCACAUAAAAAUUAAGAGAGGAAUGUAAUGAACCCUUAUGCCCUCAUCAUAGCCAGUCCUCACUUUAUCGUGUCUGUCUUCCUACCCUCCACCUUCUCUCUCAGCCCCAAUUAUUUUGAAGCCAAUCCCUGACAUCAUGAACUUAACCUAUAAACAAUCUGUAAGUACUUCACUGGGUGUCUCUAGAAGGUAAAAACCUUUAAAACAUAACUACGAUGUCACUGUCCCACAGAGAGAUCACUAUUAAUGCCUUAGUAUUAUCAGACUCUUUGUGUAAUGAUUUCCCGCUGUCCCGAUAGCAGCCACAACCAGUGAUUCGCAGCUGGGACUGUCUGCCCAUCCACAGCUCAGAAGCUGACAGUGGGAGCAGGUAACUGUCAUAAGAAGUUACCUCUGUUUGUUUACCUACAGUUUUUUUCCUUAUUAAUACAGUAUUUAUUUGUCUUCCCUCCGUCAAACCCUGAGCCAACCGCUUUCCCCAGGCUGCCUGGGGAGGUAUAGGAAAAGGAACAUACAGGGCAGACAAGACACGGAAGAAAACCCUAUGGGAGGUGGAGACGGCUCCUUCACAUGGCGAAGAGGAUGAGAAAGGCCACCAUCAGGCAAAAGAGCCCCAUGGCCUCCGAGAGGGCAGAGCCCAGAAUGGCGUAGGAGAGCUGUUGCUUCCGAGAGGGAUUCCUGGCAUAACCAGUGAUGAGGCUCCCAGACACAGUCCCAGUUCCAGCCCCAGAGCCCGCCACCCCCACCGUGGCAGCCCCAGCCCCCGUGACCUCGGCUGCUGUGUCGGUGUCCCUCGAAAUGGCGCUGCCUCGGGAGCUGCGGCUCAGGAUGAGUGAGGUCAGGGGACGUGGGGCUGCCCAGCCGCGGCUCCCGUCUGUCAGAGUCUCUGGUGGUUUUAGCACCACUGCAGACAGCGAUGGGCUCAACAGCUGAGAGUCUGUCCCGACCAAGGCCGGGGUGGAGACGAGCUGAGCAAGUGUCUGGCAUCCCUGCCUCAAAGCUGGUGGAAGCUCAUGGCUCCUUUGCCUCCGCCACGUGCACUGUCUGCCAGAGGCCGUCUCCAGGGAAGGACAUUUGGGCUGAUGUGACAGAGGACAGGAUCCCCCGCUGCCCAGUCUGCACUGGCAUCGUGAAACCCGACGUCGUGUUCUUUGGGGAGGCGCUUCCCCAGAGAUUCCUGCUGCAUGUGCUUGAUUUCCCCAUGGCCGAUCUGCUGCUCAUCCUGGGGACCUCCCUGGAGGUAGAACCUUUUGCCAGCUUGUCUGAGGCUGUGCAGCGCUCAGUGCCCCGACUGCUCAUCAACCGGGACUUGGUGGGGCCCUUUGCUUGGCGUCCUCGCAGCAGGGAUGUGGUCCAGCUGGGGGAUGUGGUUCACGGCGUGGAAAGACUGGCGGAGCUUCUGGGCUGGACACAAGAGUUGCAGGACCUCAUCCAGCAGGAAACGGAAAAGAUAUCGUGGCUACUGUUUUUCCUAGCUGUCCACUCCAGAGUUUGGCUCUAACGGCUAAGAUGGAGGCUGGUAUCACUCCUUGUCUUACUCUUGAUGGACAGGACAAAUAGGGGGAUGGCUGGUCCUGCCACCCCUCCUGGGACCAGGAAUGGUUCCAAGGAGUCACUGCCCACCUCUGAGGGAACAGUUUUGGCUGAACCAGAACCCGCAGCCUGAGGAAGAGUGGGAGGCGGCCUGCGUCCUGAGCACCGUGCUGGUGGGUCGUGUCCUGCUCAAGCUGUGGGCCACUCUGGUCACAGGUGUCCAGCUGCCCGGCACCUUCCUGCUGUUUGACUCUUCGGUCUGCUGAAGCUCUUGGUGCCGAACAAGAGCUUUCUUCUGACAGUGACCCCUUGAACUCAGAUGGACCAGCGGGAAGCCCAGAGUGAAUCUGCUGUGUGUCCAUCUGAAGGGCGGGCACAGCAUCUCUGUCCGUUAGAAAGACGGUCUUGGGCCGAGUGGUCACAGCCACUCCCAAGGCACGGUCCUGGGUCCCAAGUAAUGUAAUAGGGUCCUGUAGCAUGUUGGCCUCCUUAGUAGGGUUUUUACAUAGAGAAACUGUUCAUUUCUGGCAUGAAAUAAACUCUUUGGUCUCAAAGGGAAUGCAGGUAUUGACAAUGGAUGUGGAAAGGGGACCUUGUGCGUGCAUGGACAUUCCCCCCUCUGGAAUAACCCAAGGACGGAGAACAUGCCCCUGGAUUCACCUAGGAGAGGGGCCUAGUGUCGUUUCCCACGGAGCCCCAGAACCCCUCUCUGAAGGGCAUCAUGCCUUGUUCACUCCACCCUGAUGCCUCUCGCCUCAACCUCUCCCCCAGAAAGUCCUCUGCUCCGGUAGCCAUCAGCCCCCUGUCCGCACUCUCCCCCACCAGGCCUUCCCAGUAAUGCCCCCAGGACUAACUUCUAUGUUAUGGAAGGCAUUCCUCACUUAGAAACCUCGGCUGACCUCUGGCCCGCCCUGUACUCAGCCCAUACUUCCUGUGCCUGCACAGGCCCCUGCUGCUGGGGUUGCCCCAAGGCCCAGCUUGGACAGCACCGCCCAGGCACACCUUCCUGAUCUCUGGCUCCUACCCUGUGGGUGGUCCCUCCUUCCAGGCAUCGUUUCCCCACUUGUGGCACAUUUAACAGACAGACUCCUCAGAGGGGUUCUGGUAGCCUCAAGAACAGAAGACAUGACUAAUGAUCUAGGAAAAGGGCCAAAUUCUGAAAAGAAUGAAAUUAAUUUCUCACGCACAUGCUCUUGCUUGAAACUCUUUAUUCCAAGAUGAUGUUUCUGCGAUGCUUUGUGGACGUGAUAGAAAUCCAAACUUAGGCUUUUACGAGGUGCACUUCCCUUCAUGUAUUUAUGGUCUACGCCAGUGGGAAGGUCAGGACGCCACUGUCACAAUCAGUGAGAGCUUGGGUGCCGUGAAUACUACAGCAGACAGCUGAGCGAGGACCAAGGAUACAUAAGAGGCUACCAGUCCUGAGCUCAGUGGGGACAGAAACAGUAGAGCAUACCUUGGAAGUAUGUUUCUGACAUUAGUAUACACAGUUCUAGCAAGUUCUUUUCCUGUGAAUUGCGGCGCUUUCUUGACGUGGAAGCCCUGGGCAAGCAUGCCAGAGCUGGACAUGCUUGCAUGUGCCCAUGCUCGGCCUCUGCCCCCAAGCAGCGGCCUCUGCACACAUCCUCUUGGCACACACACAAGACGACUUCAUCUGAGGAAAUCAAGGCUGAGUUUCCAGAGUUGCAGAGGAAAAGGCCCUCACAGUCCUAAAGAUAAGAGACUGGACCAGAGACAAAUCAUUAACAGAACUUUGGAAGUAGAGAGAGAGGGGUCUCCAAGGUGGAGAGAGGGACAUGGCUUCCCCGGGUCACAGUCCCAAGGACAUCUCUGGAAGCAGCACCAGUUCUGAAGGGGGAACAGAAGACUGCUGUCCUCAGUCGGGGUCUGAGUCAGCUUCCGAGGAGAGCUGCCCCUCCAUGGUCUCACAAAUGGCAUCCUGCAGGGUUGUCAGCUGACCCCGGGGACUCAUCCCCAUGGGCUGGAUGACUCUGUGCCUGUGAGUGAAAAGUAUGGUGAGGCUGGGGAAGGGGCCUGGUGGGGCGGGGGGAGAGGGCAGAAAUCCUGUUCACCCCUGACUACUUCUUGUGCUCCACCAGGCUGCUUCUGUUUACUGAGGAAUCCCAACUGCUACCUGGUGGUUUUGGGACCUUAUGCCGUCUCUUAAUUUCUCUAGAUCUCAAUUUUCAUCAUCUGUGAAAUAAACAUAAUACAAUCUCAAGUCUAA